UCCUGUCCCCACCCAUUCGCCAUGAAGCAGCUGUGCCUGUGCGCAGCCGCCUCCUUCGCGGGCCAAGACUGGGGCAAAAGUGACCAGCGCCUGCUCCAGGCCGUGGAGAACAACGAUGUGGCCAGAGUGGCCUCGUUGAUCGCUCACAAAGGGCUGUUGCCCACGAAACUGGACCCCGAGGGCAAGUCUGCGUUCCACUUGGCGGCCAUGAGGGGUGCGGCGGGCUGUCUGGAGGUGAUGCUGGGUCAAGGCUCAGACGUCAUGAGCACAGAUGGAGCAGGUUACAAUGCCCUUCACCUGGCAGCCAAGUAUGGGCACCCUGAGUGCCUGAAGCAACUCUUGGAGGCUUCCUGCGUGGUGGACAUUGAGGACAGCAGUGGGUGGACAGCCCUUCACCAUGCAGCGGCUGGUGGUUGUCUGUCCUGCUCAAAGCUGCUCUGCUCUUUCAAGGCACAUCUGAACCCCCGGGAUCGGUCGGGUGCCACGCCCCUCAUGAUAGCAGCCCAGAUGUGUCACACAGACCUGUGCCGCCUCCUCCUACAGCAGGGGGCUGCAGCAAAUGACCAGGACCUGCAAGGCAGGACAGCCUUGAUGCUGGCAUGUGAGGGGGCCAGCCCCGAGACUGUUGAAGUACUCCUGCAGGGUGGAGCCCAGCCGGGCAUCACCGAUGCACUGGGCCAGGACGCCACUCACUAUGGAGCCCUGACCGGGGACAAACUCAUCUUGCAGCUUCUACAGGAGUCUGCACAGCGCCCUUCACGUCCCAGUGCCUCUCUAGAGGAUGACUCCGGAGAGGCCUCGUCUCAGAACUCGGUGUCCAGCCACGAAAAGCGAGGGGCCCCCAAGAAGCGGAAGGCACCCCAGCCUCCAGCCAGCACGCCUGUUCCCGACGAUCAGGAUGCUUAUGAGGAGAUUGUACGCCUGCGCCAAGAGAGAGGCCGGCUCCUACAGAAGAUCAGGGGACUGGAGCAGCACAAGGAACGGAGGAGAAGGGAGCCCCUGGAAGCAGAGGCCAGCUCAGUGCACAGCCUGGAGAGGCAGGUGCAGGAGCUGCAGCAGCUGCUGGCGGAGAAGCAGGAGGAGAAGGAGAGCCUGGGCCGGGAGGUGGAGAGCCUGCAGAGCCGCCUGUCCCUGCUGGAGAACGAGAGAGAGAACACCAGCUAUGACGUAGCCACCCUGCAGGAUGAGGAGGGUGAGAUGCCUGACUUUCCAGGAGCGGAUGCUUUGUUGUCAAAGCCUCUCCGGCCGUCGGCUGAGGAGCUGGUGGCAUCCCUUCAGGAGCAGGUGGCUCGGCUCACCAGGCAGAACCAGGAGCUGCUGGAGAAGGUCCAGAUCCUUGAGGAGUUUGAGAAGGACGAGGUGCAGAUGGCGGAAGACAGUCAGCCUGAGGUAGUCCCUCUGGUCUUGUAUGACUCCCUGAGGGCAGAGCUUGAGCAGCUCCGGAGGCAGCACGAAGAGGCCAUGCAUGCGCUGCAGCAGCAGCGGGAGGUGACCAGGGGUCAUGGGGCAGAAGAGACAGCACACAGGGAGAGCAAGGACAAGGGCACAACCUCCCAGAAUGGACCCAGUGUCCCGGAGCUCAACGGCACCACGUAUCCAGAAACCACAGCCAAUGGCACCGAACCCCAAGCCGGAGGCUCCGUGGGCGUCGGGAACACGGAAGCCAGUGCUUCAGAAGUGGCACCCAUAGAGCCCGAGGCUGCAGGCUCAGAGGCCACGGGGAAAGAUGGAGUGGCAGUGGAGGUCGUGGACACGAGAACCACCGUGGCUCAGGCCCUAGACGUGAGCCCUGAAAGUGAGCCGGUGGCGGCAGAAGUCACAGGAGUGAAGGAGAAUCCAGGAAUGAAGGCUAAUGGAGAGCAUGUGGUGCAGGAUGGGCUCACAGGGACAGGGAUUAGAAACAUGGAGGCCACCGGAGUAGAGGCCACGGUAACGAAGGCCACAGAAUUGCGGGAUACCGGAGUUCAGGCCACAGGAGCAGAGGCUGUGGCAGUGAAGACCACGGGAGUGCAGGCCACAGUGGCAGAGGUCAUAGGAGUGAAGGUCACAGGAGUGCAGGCCACGGUGACAGAGGACACAGGAGUAGAAGCCACCGGGGCGCAGGCCACUGAGGAGACAGAGGCCAAGGGAGCAGAGGCUACGGGAGCUCAUGCCACCACCCUGGAGGCCACGGGGGCACAAGCCACAGACACCAUAGGAGCGCUGGCCACUGUGACAGAGGCCAACGGAGCCGAGGCCAUAGGACUCAAGGCCACGGAAGCGGAGGCCACCCGCACAGAGGGCCCCUGCACCGCGGCCCUGCACCCGGGGGCGGCGGCGGCGGCGCUGCAGGCCGAGCUGGAGACCCGGAUCCGCGGCCUGGAGGAGGCGCUGCGCCAGCGGGAGCGGGAGGCGGAGGCCGAGCUGGAGGCCGCCCGGGGCCGGUUUGCGGAGGCGGAGGCGGAGGCAGAGGAGGCGGCACGGGGGCGGAGCCGCGAGCUGGAGGCGCUGCGGGAGCUGCUGGCCACGGCCACGGCCACGGGCGAGCACGCACGCGCGGAGGCCGCCGAGCUGCGCCAAGCGCUGUCGGCCUCCGAGGCCCGGGCCGCCGACCUCAGCUCCGCCCUUGACACGGCCCGCGAGGAGCUGGAGCGCAUGCGCGGGGCCUCAGUGCCCGCGGACGAGCACGAGCAGGCGCUGGGCGCGCUGCGCGACCACGUGGCCCGCCUGCAGGCGCAGCUGGCGGAGCUGGCGCGCAAGCACGAGAAGACAAGCGCCGAGGUCUUCCAGAUCACAGAACUGUCCAAAGAAGUCUUCACACUGAAGGAGUCUCUGAAGAUGCAGCAGACAGCCCCUGCCAGCUCCAAGGAGGAAGCCCUGCGCAGCCAGGUGGCAGCCAUGCAGCAGCAGAUGGAGGAGGAGGCCCGGGAGCACGGUGCUGUGGUGACUCUGUACCGCACUCAUCUCCUGUAUGCCAUGCAGGGACAGAUGGAUGAGGACGUCCAGUGCAUUCUCAGCCAGAUCCUGCAGAUGCAGCGGCUACAGGCUCAGGGCCGCUGAGGACACAGCUCAGCCGUUCAGUCUCCAUCCUUCACCUCUGCAAGCUGAAGCUACAGAGACCACCUUCCCCAUUCCCCCAGAGUGAUGAAUGGGACUCAUCAUGCACUGGGAGGCUAGCCUGGGACCUCACCAAUGGUGCCCAGCUGACCCAUCACUCCACGGCUCCCAACACUCCCCAUCUGAUAUGUUACAACUACCAAUAUGCCACCUACAUCACAACCGUUCAGCCAGGAGUAUAAGCUCACUGCAAGAGGGAGACAUAACCAGUGUGGGAUACACAGUGAGGGCAGGGAUGGGGCAGGGGAGUUCAGAAGAGAGUCUGAUAUUCUGGACCCAAAACACAGUUAUGGCAAUAAAUAUGAGUGCAAUGCAAUA